AUGGGCGCGUUCCUAUCUUCCAUCAUCGCGCCCAUCGCCCUCCCCCUAGGCUCCUUCCUCGCCAUACCCAUGUUCAGCUCGUGGUCUACAGGCUUAAACCUCAUAUUCCUUUCUGUCGCAUGGACAACAAUCGCUGCAUCUUAUUCGCCUCUGCAAUUGGAACUCGUUGCUCCCUUCGUCCUGCGACUAUCACUGUACAUCAUACCCAGCCUUAUCUUUCUUAUCUUCGACAUUGGCGUGCCUAGUCUUGCGGUCGAGUUCAAGAGCCAGGGGAAGUGGGGAAUCCCGAGUAACCAAAGAGGUGGUGCGAGAGCAGCGAGAAGGGUAGUGGCUUGGAGUUGUGCUAAUGUACUGCUUACGGUUGCGCUGCAAGCAGGGAUUGAGUUUCUUGUGACUGAUGUGUUCCAAAUGAGGAGCCUACUGCGCAUCAAGGGCAGCAGAUGGGGACUCAAUCACUUGCCGAAUCCUUGGACCAUGCUAAAGCACGGCAGCAUUGCCUUUGUGUCGCGAAACAUCCUCCAAUACUACAUCCACACUCACCUCCUGCAUUCACCCACUGGCGGGGCCCUGUCAACACUCCACCAAAACUGGCAUCACAGUAUCCGGAUUCCUUACUCUUUUGUGGCAAAUUACGACCAUCCCAUCUGCCAUCUUUUGCACCGUUUUCUUCCUCUGUACCUUCCCGCAAUCAUAUUGCGAAUGCACAUCUUGACCUACCUCAUCAUGGUUGGACUCUUCAGUCUCGAAGAAACAUUUGUGUACUCUGGCUAUAAUGUCUUACCAUCAACCAUCAUGUUGAGGGGCAUGGCACGUCGUGCUGAUGCGCAUAUGAUGAGUGAGGGGGAAGGAAACUACGGAUGCCUGGGUGUGUUAGACUGGUGUCAUGGAACGACCUUGGGUAAGGAUGUCAUGGAGGACCUCAAGGCAGAAAUGGAAAAGCACAAUGUGGAAGCCAAGGCAGGAAAGGCUAUGGACGAAGCAGGGAAUGCAGCAAACGGACUUGCGGGGAGACUUGGAAGAUCCAAAAAAGGUAAAGGAAGAAAGUAA